CGGUUUUUCGUUUCGCCUAGCCAUAUACAGCUUUCGCUGUAAAAAUUCCGGCAGAACCCAUCUCACGAUGAGAAUAACGACGUUAGUGCGAUUAGCUAUAAAACAAUGCAGCGAUACAGUUCUUCUUCCUCCACCGCGGUGGGUAUGCGUCAAUGUAUGAGGUCAGCCGCAGCAGCAGCAGCAACAACCAGGCGCGCGAGCCUUCUUUAGCUUCAGGCAUUCUACACCCCGUCAGCCAAGAAACGCAGAGGCCAUCUUCAUCAGCGAGUGGAACGCAGUGGAGGUUCCUCAAUGUCGGCCAACAAGAAGGACAACAUCCAGGCCUGGCUGCGAAGUGUGCGCCAGCCGCCCUGGAUUCCCGACGCUUCGAUACCGGCCGUGCCCCCCGUGCCUGCCGUGCCGGAGCUGCAGCCGCUGCCGUUAAUGCGCCCCUUCCCGGCCUUCAACGCGGAGAAUGAGUACCGCGACCAGUCGCCUCUUCAACGUCAGCCUCCGCUGAUCGUGGCGCCGACGCCCGAGUACCAGCUACCGGAAAGGCACGGCGACAAGAGCCGACCAGACGCUGCUGCCAGUUCCCCCGCUCCCACGGCUGAGACGCCGACAAAGCCUUUUCCACCGACGCCAGUGAAAUGGCCUCUUCGUCCAGUGCUCAAGAACGCGCAGGCGUACCGAAAGAAGUCGGCAGACGACGACAAGGGAGCACAGCUGCCGGAAAAAGCGCCGAAGUCCAACCUGCUGACGACAGCCUUCGCCGCCCGCGAGGACACCGUGGUCAGGUUCCUCUUGCUCAGGGCCCACAACUUGGAUCCCAUAGACGACAGGGAGUCCUGCUGCCCUUACGUCGUCUUCAAGCUGGGCAACGAGAAGUACACAAGCAAGGUCAUGGAAGACACGAAUGACCCCGUGUGGAAUGAGCCCUUCGACAUUUUCGUACCGGUGGGCAACAGCCUGUUCCUGCAGGUCAUGAUCAUGGACAAGGACCCCGCGGCCACUACCGACUUCAUCGGCCGGUUCAACCUGAACCUUGUCGACUACCAGUACGGCGCCACGUACGAGGUGAAGCAGGAUUUGGACGACAACGCCGGCACCAUCAGGUUCCGCAUGGCCCUGGAGAGGGUGGGCGCGUGGGACUUCGCCGAGGUCUGCGACAUCCCGACACGGCAGACGCUGGAGCUCAUUCGGAAGCGAAUCUCGGACGCCUACGAACGCUGGAGCGUUGGAGGCGAGCUGCAUGACGUGGGCGAAGUUCUUGUUUUAGCGCACCGGGCCAGCACCAUUGCCCCGAACUACAUCGAGAACAAGCUGAAUGCCAUCUGCGUGGUCGAGUUGGCGCCAAAGAUGCUCUGGAACAAAGGUGACCCCAAGACCGUCAACCCCACCUGGAACACCAUGUACCGCAUGAAGGUGACGGACAUUCACGCCGUGCUCCAAGUGACCGUGCUCACGGAUGUCAAGAAGCAGGAGUUCCUCGGCACCGUGGCCUUCCCACUGAUAUCGGUGGACUCGCGAAAGAAGCAGUGGUAUGCGCUCAAGGACGAGACUCUCGAUAAGACCACGGGAGGAUUCAUCCUGCUCGAGAUAGACCUCAUUUACAAUCCCGUGAAGGCUGUGAUAUGCUGCUUCAAGGACAAAGGCCCUGGUCCUCCGGCACUCAACGACACGGAGCUGACGAGGAGCGCCUUGACUCGGAACAUGUCACGUGUGAAGGCGGUGUACCAGCGCUACAAGCGGGUCCAAGGCUUCGUCCUCGGCUGCUUCAGCUGGGAUUCCAUCCCGCGGUCCAUGAUCUCCCUCUCGUUGUUCACGUGGCUGACCCUCAAAGGCGAGCCGUACAUGGUGCCCCUGGUGGGCGCCCUGCUGUUCUUCGCCGAAAUGAUCGUCUCCUGCUGCUGCCCCUUCGACGACGAGGAUCAGGAGUUUCAAGACGACGGCCAACAGAGCGAAGAGGAAGGCUCGCGGCAAUCCCUCAAGGCAAAGCUGGUGCGGCUACAAGAGAUGGCCGCCACCAUGCAGAACACCAUGGGUGCGGUGGCCUCGUACGGCGAGCGGCUUCACAACACGAUGGUGUUCGCCGACCCGUUCGUCUCGAGGAUGUUCCUCGCGAUGCUGCUCGUCGCCGGCUUCUUGGCCUACAUUGUUCCGGCGCGCUACUGGAUCCUCAUGAUCGGACUCCGAAAGUUCGCACGCGGGUUCCUCAAGAAGUACGCUGGUCGCAAGGAUAGCGGUUACGACCUGCUGCACCUGUUCAACAGGACGCCCGACAACCUUGAGAAGUCACGGUACAGCAUGGCCCUGCCCGAUACGGGCACGGUUCCGCGAGGCACGUUCGCGGCGAAGUCUACGUUCUCGCUGCAGUCACUGCGGCGCCUGUUCUCGUGACUUUCUCCGCGCUCCCGCUAACGGCGCGCACAGCCUCGAGCCGUCAACAUGGCGGCCCGGGCGGAGCGCGUCGUCGACCAUGGAAGAGAAGGUCAUCGGCACUCCGGGACAGGGCACCCUGCCGGGUGGGCAGACUGAUGCUCCAAUUCUGUGCCACCUUCACGCUGUGCCCUCGCCAGUUGGCCAGAAUAUUAAGCGUCUAGUGCUUUGAUUUGCUCCCGCCUUUCUUUCUUUCUUUUUUUUACCUAUCGCAUUAAAGAGACAA